AUGACAAGAAAGAACAACAUCCGCGAGUACAGCAUUCCAACGGCGGAUGCUAAUAGCAUUCAAAAGAAAAAACCAACCAAUACUAAGAAGGCGUGCGAUCCUGAUAGGAUCGCGGCGAAGAUUUCAUUUGACGAAUUUCUUGAGUUUGCCCUUUCCGAGGGCUACCAAAAGCAAGGGGACCCCGCGAAGCGUCCCUUGAAUUCGUUUAUGCAAUUUCAAUGUACAUUGACAAAGUUUGUCAAUGCACGCAUGGGGGCUAUCCCCCGCCCGAUAUUGACAAAGGUGGCCUCCCUAAUCUGGAGGCAACUCGGCGAGGAUCGAAGGAUCCUCUUUGCAAAGUUUGCGGAAGAAGGAGAAGCUGACCACAAUAGACAACAUCCCGAGUAUCGCUUCCAUCCCCGGAGGCAAAAACCCGUCAUGAGAGUCAACAUUCAAACCCGGGUUGAUCGGGUUGACCUUCAACCCCCCGCAAAGGUGCAAAUAGAAGAAAUACCAUCAUCAGUGGGCUUUUCCUCAGAGCCGCCUCCCCUGUUUACGGAAGAGAACCUUUACGUUCCGCAUUAUGAGUAUCCGCUGUUUCAGAGCGGAUAUGAGUAUCAACUUUUCAGUUGA